AUGUUUGUCACCACGUUGGUGUGGGCAGCCGCCCUCUGCCUUGUCCUCCUGAUCGUACUUCUCUUCCGCAAGUGGCGGGCCAGACAGAUCCAGGGAUGGGUACAAGAACAGCGCAGAGUCGCAAGCUUCCAGUAUGCUGAAAGCCUCGGAAUCGACGAACGACUGCAUCUACGAGCAGUAGAGAACCGCCGGCUCAAGGCCGCGUUUGGAAUCGACAACUCGCUCACCACCCCAUUGCGGUCGACGCACAGGCAGUUCCUCCAUGCGUCGAACGCAGUGCUGAACGGGAAGUACCGCAGCUGGGAAAAGCUGUACCGCAUCGCCGAGACCUUUUUGGAUAUGGAAGUCAGCACUCAAGACAGCCUGCCUCUUGCCGAGACCGUCCGCUGCAUGGUCCUCGCAGUCGUGCUCUUCGACUCCUUCGACGUCGACCCCAUAAGCGUCCCGCGCUCCACCCUCGUCACCAUUACAAAUGAGAUCAACAAGCAGUGGAUGUUGUCAAAGUGUCACCCCGACGACCUCGCUCCGUCUGCACUGCUCAACUCAACCAUUGCCUCGCUGAACAUCCGACGGCAGCUCAUUUUAAGCUACAGCCCACAUUUCACCUCAAGGCCCGAGUCGGUGCUCAGCCUGCUGAUGCCGCAGUACGAGACUCUCUGGCGGGUCGUGCUCUUGACAUUCGCAACAGCCUUCCAUCACCAACCAGAUGCCUAUCCAGACGUAUUUCAGCGAACAGCCGACGUUCCGUCUUGUCUAGGCGACCCAAGCCGCGAGAAAGAAGCCCUCAAACUCGCCAAGGAAGGCCUCCGCCUUUAUCCAUCAAAUAAACGCCUCUACCGCGCCUCCUUGACAUCCUCCAGCAACAACAACAACAACAACAAUAAUAAUAAUAACAGCAGCAGCAGCAGCAACUUCCCUCCCGUCCCAGUAGCAGCCGACAUAUCGGCCCUGCACCGCCACCCCUCGAUUUGGGGCGCCGACGCGCUCGCCUUUCGCCCGGGCCGAUUCGACGACGGCCAGAUGACGGAUCUCCAGCGCGAGGCGUACAUCCCCUUUUCGGUCAAGCCGCACAAGUGCCCUGCGGCGAGCAAUGCGUUUGGCGAGAGGAUGGUUGUGGUGCUGGUUUCGGCGCUGGGGCGGGUGCUGGGGCCCGACAAAGGAAGGGCGCGUUUCGAAGAGAGUGGGCGUGGUCACUGGCAGGGUGGUGUAUGGAGGCACUGGAUAUAA